AUGAACACAGUAAUCCCUUCCGGAAGUGACUUGUUUCCUUUAACGCUAUACAGUUUUUAUCUGGUUAGCAGUCCACUCCAAGAUUCCGGUCGCGCUUUUACGAUCAUGACAAAUAACGAGACAACUAAUAAACAAACCAACUCACAAAUACAAGAUAAUGUUCAAGAGGAUUCACAAGCUCAAAACAAUACUGAAGGGGAUCCACAAGCUCAAUCCGAUCAGGAUGAUAGUUUGGAGAAAGAUAUCAGGUCACUUUGGAACCAACCGGCAAAAUGGCAGAAUUACAAACAACACUAUAAGGAAAACAUACAUACUUAA